GAGAGAGAGAGAGCGGGAGAGACAGCAAUGAGCAAGGACACAGCAAAGCUCAGUCUGUCUGCUGGAAGUUUAAAACCUGAGAUCACAAAAGGAGCCACAGCUUAGUUAAGCUUAGUGCAACCACCGAAUGACCCAGUGAAACAGAAAAAAAAGACAGAAACAAGCAUAUAUACGAGACACUGGGACCUUUUAAAGAAAUGUUAAGAACAGAUAUAGGAAGAGCCGUGAUGUUAAACGGAAUCGCCUAACUUGUCAAGAUUCUUGACCAUGGAAAAAGUUUAAGUAGAAAGUCCACUUACAAGACAAGGGGAAAAACUACUUGACCCAUAAAGGACAUUGCGAUAUUCUAUCGAACGGAGAAGUGGAUUGCUUGGUUUGCGCACGCUCACUGGACUGAUUUCAGCACGAGAAAGAACAAAUGAAGCGGCUCUGAACUUGAGCAUCGCUUACUAAGAUUGAAACCCAGCAAACUGCAGCCCUCCUUGGACUGCAGGCCCUGUGACCAUGCUGGCUAAGCCCCAGGAUCCACCGGGACCAGUGAAGACAGGGAAACACGUGAACAACAAAGACAUGUCAGAGCAUGGCGGUAGCGUCUUUCUGCAGGACAGCCAGAUGCAGUGGCCUUUCCCCUUAGAUGCCAAUGUCUCAGGGCAGGCCAACUAUUCAGCGUCCUUCCAGCCACCAAGGCUGAGUGCACUGGUGGGGGUCCCAGAGGAAGCCCAAGGAGGAGAGGAACUGUGCUGGGCUGCCCUGCUCAUCAUCAUGGUCAUCAUUCCCACCCUCGGAGGCAACAUACUGGUGAUCAUGGCCGUCUCACUGGAGAGGAAGCUGCAGAACGCCACCAAUUACUUCCUGAUGUCGCUGGCGGUUGCAGACUUGCUGGUUGGCCUCUUGGUCAUGCCCAUUGCUCUCACCACUGUGCUCUUCAACUCAGAGUGGCCCCUGCCCACCUCGCUCUGCCCUAUCUGGAUAUUCCUGGACGUCCUCUUCUCCACAGCCUCAAUCAUGCAUCUCUGUGCAAUCUCCCUGGAUCGCUACAUCGCCAUCAAGAAACCCAUUCAGCACAGCCAGUUCAAAUCAAGAGCCAAAGCCAUGGGCAAGAUAGCCGUGGUGUGGCUGAUUUCUGUAGGAAUUGCCAUUCCCAUUCCAAUCAAAGGCCUUCAAGACGAAUCCAACACCUUCAAAAAUAAGACAUGUCUGUUGAACAACGACCGGUUCCGGGGGUUCAUUAUCUUUGGCUCUACUGCAGCUUUCUUUGUCCCACUGGCCAUCAUGAUGGUCAUCUACCUGCUGACCAUCCAGGUUCUGCGGAAAAAGGCCUACCUGCUCAGGUUCAAGACCCACCAGCGCUUCACCUGGUCAACUGUGUCCACCGUCUUCCAAAGGGAGCAGGAGGUCAUACUUGACAGCUCCAGGAAAGAGAAGGUCCAGCGCAACGUCCAUGGCAACAACAGCCACAUCACCGGGGAAGAGAUACCUAUCAGGAGGAUGUCGGCCAUGGGCAAGAAGUCAAUGCAGAACAUCAGCAAUGAGCAGCGGGCUUCCAAAGUCUUGGGUAUUGUCUUCUUCCUCUUUGUAGUCAUGUGGUGCCCAUUCUUUAUCACCAACGUAGCCUCUGUGUUUUGCAAGACCUGCAGUCAGGAGGUUUUAGGCAGGCUAAUGGACUUCUUUGUCUGGGUAGGGUAUGUCGCCUCCGGCAUCAACCCUCUUGUCUACACACUCUUCAAUAAGACAUUCCGGAAGGCUUUUAACCGAUACAUCACUUGCGACUACGGUGGGUCUAAGCCACCCAAGGUGCAUCGCAAGACGUUUACCCGGAUCUCCUUUCGCUCAUCUAUGGCAGAGAACUCCAAGCUCUUUAUGAAGCAUGGCAUGAGGAAUGGUAUUAGUCCAGUGCCGUACCAAAGUCCACUGCACCUAAGGCCUGCACCAACAUGCAUCCAGUCCUCUGCCACUACCCUUCUGGACACCUUAUUCCUCACUGACAACGAGGGAGGCAAGCAAGAGGAGCAGGUCAGCUACGUGUAGCCAAUUGUUAGUGCCACUGCUAUACAUUUGUGUUAGGCUUCUUGCAGACGAGGCAACUCCCAGGCAAAAAAAGCACUGGUACAGCCAGGAUUUCUGCUGGUUAUCGCACUGUGCCAUCCACAUGAGCUCUGGAUGGACACCCAUGUGCUGAAAAAGAAAGGCAGGCUCUACUAAUAUUCCACUGUAAGGAACACAUUUUAGGUACUCCCCCCGACUUUUUUUUUUUUUUUUAAAUUAUUUAUUUAUUUAUUUUUUUACACAAACUGUAUUGGUGGAGGGAUUGCCUUAGUAAAAUCUCCUGUAACAUUUCCUACAGACAGUGCUACCUUAUCAAAAUAUAGGAAAACUAUUGAAAAUGAAAGACUAUUUUCCUAGAAAGGACUGGGAAAUAGAGACUGAUAUUUCACUUUUUUUUUUUUUAGAAGCCAACAGCCUGUUUAAUUAUUAGUAGAACACAACAUAUGGGUAUUUUUUUUUUGUUUAACAGGAGAUAUGGCACUUAACAUCACUAUCAAUCAGGUGGAGGUGUAAUCCUGAUCUACUCAAUCCCAUGGACCUAUAAUCUCUGUCAGCACAGAAAGAAAGUACUUUUUAAACAAUCCUAGUGGCAAUCUUGGGUGCCAAAUUUCUUUUUUCUUGUAGUUCGGACACAGAAUUAAUGGAAAUAAAACACCAGGAUCAUAAGGGACAUGUUUUCACUAAUGCCUGAAAACUUUGCUUGGGAAACAUGAGAACAGGUGUUCAAAACAGACUCUAGUAUGUUUUUUUUUUUUCUUUCAAAAGGAGGUUGCCAAAAUAAAGAUAACUAACAAGAUAUCCAUCCCUCUGUCCCAUAGGAUUUUGGUACAAAGCGAUUGUUUAACUUGGUUUGUUCGAUAAUGUCUGCAAGAAGAACAAAGUCUGUAUGAUUAAGCUCAAGCUGUGCUUGUUUCAAAACAUGCAUGUUUUUCCCUCCCAUGCCAGAAGACAUAAACAGUGUUGAGCAGGGGUUUAUGAUGACAGCUGUUUAAUACCUAUAACGGAAAAAGAAUAACCAAUUAGGCACAUUGUCAAGAUUAGCCUUUGGUUUACAGAUGCUGUACCUGCCUGUGGAAUGAUGCAGGGAAGCACAUCAACAUUUCUGAGCCAAUGAUUCCUUCAGCACUCCUUUGUACAAACAUUUGAUUAAGAUACUUACAAGAUGAAGUAAUGACAUUUGGGACUACAAAUAACAGUCUGUGUCCCUAGCCCACCCCUCUCAAAGAAGUUCUGGAAGUAACUGUUGCAACGCAGGAGUUUACUGUAAUUUCUCUGCAACUUUAUAAACUUGUAUAAAUCUGUUGAAUGCCAGGCACCACAAUGAAUACAGCAAGCUUUAAAGGGGGUGCUUCAAUUAAUUUGACAGAUUUGUAAGUCAGUGCCACCUACAUAGAUGACAUUAAAAGAGGUCUGCUCUCCCUGGAAAACUUCAAGGUCAAUUGCAGAGUGCUACUUAUUUAGACCAUUGACUAAAUUGGGGCUUGGUUCAACCCGUUACCAUGGUUAAGCGAGGCCCAUUUAACGGUUUGAGACCAGUUUUAAACCAGCUCUAUUUACAAGACUGAUCAUGCAAAGUAACCAUUCCAUGUGAAUUCAUCUACAGCCAGUGCAUUGCAUCUUGUAACACUGAACAUGCCUUUAUCACACCAUGUGGUUUAAAUUAAGACACGUUUUGCAUUUUAAACCUCAUUUAAACCUUUUUAAGUGGUGAGUUUGCCAAGUGAAUUGACCAAGUGUUUAGGUUUAUGGGCCAUCAAAACAACAAGUUAUAAGCUGGCCUGAGAGGUUGGAUACUGACAGUCUAGUAUAGCGCCUUGCAAAACUCCCACCCCAACCAAGAGUUAAGCACAAACUGAGUGGUAGAUACCCAGAAAUUAACCCUGGGAAAGUUUUGAAAUUCUUGGAGCUAAGGAUUUACUCUAAACACAGGGAUGAUUUACAACAGGUUUAUCUUACAGCCCAUCGAUCAAAUAAAUAUCGCACAGCCUUUUUUGGAUGAAAAAAAAAAAAAAAGGCCCCAAUUCCCCUGCUUAGCCCGCUGCACUGUCUAAUAUUGCUGAUGGGUACAUUAAGAUAUAAAAGAUGAAGCAUUGGUGUUUAUAAACAGAUAAAAGGAGGAAAGUACAAGAACUUGAAGGCUAACCAGAAGCGCACUGUGUUUCUGCAUUGCACUACCUUUUCGUGCUCACAAUGAACUGCGUGACGCUGGUUCUGUAGAUAAUGCUUUCAAGCUCAGUGGACCUUCAUUUCCAUGUUUCUCUUCAGGAGGCUGAUUUGAAGUGCCUGAAGUGACACUCUCAAGCUAAACCAGCAUAUAAGUGCAAUAAAGACUUUCUUCAAUAUAAAUAUUAUUUCUCAUGCCUACGGGUGUCAUAUGCAAUUGUUACGUGCAUGCAUUCAACCUCCAAGCAUGUGAUAAUACAUUGUACCAAUCAUUUUAAUGAACUAAGCCACCCUGCAUGAAAGCAAGAUUGUAAUCGUUUCCCUAAUGGAACCCAUAUGGCCCAUUCGGGUGACUUUAAAUAAGGUAAUAAACCAAGCAAUUCCAGAAAGCUUUAGCAGAUCUACAGUAUACAGAAUCUGUUGCCUUUCACAUUUCAAUGAUUCAUGCUGCAAAAAUAAAGCUAUACAAAACACAAUUACACUAGAUUGUAAGUGUACAAGACAAUCCCCACCCUCCCUCCCUCCCUCUUGGGACAAGCUCCCCAAACGGUGAAUACAGAACUCAGCAGGAUGCCAAAAAAGGCAACAAUUGGCCAGGCACUCCAGGGACAGCACAAUUCAACAGUCCUUGCAUUCCUUCCAGCUUGCACUCAGAACUGCAGCAGACCGAUCAAUCUCAAACACCUACACCAAUAUGAAAUACUGCACAUACCCAACCUCUGUACAGUACAGGACUACUGGGCAGAGUGGAGGGUUUGAGGACCAGUAGAUCAGCCCUAGCAAAUAUCAACUGAAAUUGUAUUUGUAACCACUGGUAAGUAUGCCUCAGUCAACUCCUGCUGCUGAACUGGGAAUAAAUCCCAGUAGACCUCAGAAAGAAAAUUAUUCGCUCUCAUGCAUCAAAUCCAUAACGUUUAAUCUGUAACCAAAUGUUUAAACAGGACCAAAAGCCAGAAACAAGCAUGUCACCAAACAAACUUGUAUUAAUAGUUAGUGUACAGCCUUUACACAUAGACUUUCACUCCUACCAAGCAGAAGUUAUUCAGAGCAAUAACAUAGGACUCCCCCAAAUAACUUUCUAACAAGCAUGUCACUUCAAACAGAGGUUUACAUACACUGCAUAUACAUAAGUAAAGGUAUGGGUGGAUAAACAGCUUAAAUCUUGUGAAUAGAGAAGAAUAUGCCUGGAAUGUGAGUGUGUUUAUAUAUAUGUUGUAAAUUGAACCCUGGCGUUGACAGAUUACCAUGAAAAUUCCAACGAUGAUUACUGAUCAUUAGAGUUAAAAUGCUUAAAAAACCCUUCCCCUCACUAACAGUUUAAAGGAACAGCAAGUCCUCUUUUUACAGAGAAUGGUAUAAAAAAAACAAAACGUAUUUCAAACACAUCCGAAUGUUAAGACAUAUUUGAUAAAUACAUUGGCAUUUUAAUAUAGAACUGUCCAAUUUUCACAUUCCUGCUGUCACUAACCUUUGCCUUAUUUUGUGUCAAAUUUGACAAAUUUCCAGUGUAAACAUAACGGUAAAUUAGAAAGAAAAAAAUAAUAAAUAAAAAUAAAUAAACAAACAAACAAACCCCGCUGUCCAAAUGAGAAAAAAACAAGGUUUGAAAACUACAAUUAACAUUAUGUCCUGUUCACAUGUAAAUUAAUUUGACCUCUCUCUUUUUUUUUGCUGUUGGUUACAACUUAUGAAAAAUGUGGCCCAGCUUCUGCGAGUGAAAGCAGGAGUCCCUUCUAGAGUGCCGCGGCUGCAGAGAUGCACUGCACUUUUUGCCGUCAUUUAAUAAAAACUUUACAUGAC